GCGGCAUUUGCGCUGCCGAUACUGCAGCGGUUGGCGGAGGAGCCGUACGGGGUGUUGGCGUUGGUGAUGACGCCGACGAGGGAGCUGGCGUUUCAGCUGGCUGAGCAGUUUAAGGCUUUGGGUUCUUGCUUGCAUUUGAGGUGUGAGGUGGUGGUUGGAGGCAUGGAUAUGUUGAACCAAGCCAAGGGUUUAAUGAAUAGACCCCAUGUGGUUAUUGCUACUCCUGGCAGGAUUAAGGUCUUGCUUGAGGAGGAUCCUGAUAUUCCUCAGGUGUUUUCUAGAACCAAGUUUCUGGUGUUGGAUGAAGCAGAUAGAGUUUUGGAUGCUGGCUUUGAAGAGGAGUUAAGAGUAGUUUUCCAGUGCUUGCCAAAGAAUAGGCAGACACUCUUAUUUUCUGCAACAAUGACUAGUGACUUACAGACACUGCUAGAGCUUUCUGCAAACAAAGCAUUCUUCUAUGAGGCAUAUGAAGGCUUCAAGACAGUUGAGACUCUUAAACAACAAUAUAUUUUUAUCCCAAAAAAUGUGAAGGAUGUUUAUCUUGUGCACAUUUUGUCUAAGAUGGAAGAUAUGGGUGUUCGCUCUGCUAUCAUAUUUGUCUCCACCUGCAGAAGUUGUCACCUCUUAAGUUUAUUACUGGAAGAACUGGAACAGGAAGCUGCAGCACUGCAUUCAUUCAAAUCCCAGUCUUCAAGGCUUUCUGCACUUCAUCGAUUUAAAUCAGGACAAGCUACUAUAUUGCUUGCCACUGAUGUUGCCAGUCGUGGUUUGGACAUUCCUACAGUCGAUCUUGUGAUAAAUUAUUAUAUUCCAAGAUACCCGAGAGAUUAUGUUCAUCGUGUGGGGCGUACUGCAAGAGCAGGCAGAGGUGGGCUUGCUGUGAGCUUCGUUACCCAAAAUGAUGUAGAUCUCGUUCAUGAAAUAGAAGCUGUUAUCGGAAAACAACUAGAAGAAUUUGAAUGCAAAGAGAAAGAUGUUCUUUCUGAUAUUACUAGGGUCUACAAGGCCAGACGAGUCGCGACAAUGAAGUCGAUGGACGAUGGAUUCGAAGAGAAAGCCAAAGAACGGAAAAAACAGAAAUUGAAAACACUAGCAGAAAAAGGAUUAUUGAAGAAAAAGAAUAAAAAGAGAAAAAGAUCGGUUAAUUAGUUUGCUGAUUGUAAAUUAUCUUCCUUGUUUACACAUUUAAGCUGCAUUUUGUCCAGCAGCUUCCUAGAAAUUCUGAGUUUUAACUCUGAGAUUACUUAAUAUUAUUGAUGAUAUGUGUUAAACAUGCUGCCAUCGUUCAUACUGACUAAGCCAGGAUCGAACUCUCUUUUGCUUUUUUCGUCUUGUCAAAGAGUUGAAAAUAGAUAGAAGGGCAGAGGCCUUUGGUGUACCCUCUUAUUAUUAAUUUUUGUUAAAUUUCUGUGAAACAUUUUUC